GAAAAUUAACAAGAGGCGUUGGAAGCGGAAAAACUAAUUCAAGAUGACCCAGCGCACUAAGUUUAUAAUAAAUACCUCGGUGGAAUACUUCUCCGCCCGGUUGCCGGGUUCAGAACUGGACGAGCAAACGGCCAUGAUUCUGGAGUUCCUGGAACAGGAGGAGCACACGGUCAUCUCGGCAGUGCACAGUAAAUCCGAUGGCAAAAUCCGGUUCCACCAUCGCAUACCGAAUGAGGAGCUCUGCCUGCUUUUCUACAAGGUGCCGCAGGUGGGGCAAAAGCACCAGGAAGAUAGAAGUGAGCCUCUGCUGGGCAUUUUAACCCUUGAAGGGGGCCUGGUCAAGUCGAUUUACAAUUCCGUUUCUCGGGUUUUCUCGCCCUCUGCCAACUCAGCCCGGCGCAGCGAAUAUGGACCCGAGUUGAGUGGGAUACUGGAGAACUUGCAUCAGAACUUGGGAUCCAGCCUGGGAUUACCACAGAGCGGCAUUACUAGUCUGCGAGAUGAGAUCAAAUAUUGGAAACAGAAGCUGGGUCAAAAGUCUAGCUCCCGUUUGGACCGAGAAGCGGCGCAAGUGUUUAUUGGCGUUCUGGAAAAUAUAGAAAAACAAAUAGGUACCAUUGAUGGAGCCAAUCCGAGUGGCACUAUUGAGGAGUUCCUUGACCAUGCCCACAACAAUCUGGACGAAUUGUGGCGACUGCCCUACAAUUAUCCACAGCAACGGAUGACGGACCUCCUGGACAUCAUUGGAAAGCGGCUGCUGGAGGUCUGUUUGACCCAGUUGCUGGCCGAGGACAUCUGGAGUCUGAACUCCAGUCACGUCAACAAUCUGAUGGGUCAGAGCAUUGAUACGGUGGAUGCGUGGAUACAGCUCUGCGACUCCCUCACUCGACUCUUCUGGCCGAACUACGUGAAGCAUCCUUGGCUGGGGGAUCCCCAUGUGCCGAAAAGAGGACAACUGUUUAAGGAGCGACUCAGUGAAAUCCGGAGCAUCAAACAGCUUUACAAACAGAUUGCCACCUUGCUGGAUGACGCCGAGCUGCAGGAGAUGUUCCAGGAACAGGCUCCAUUCACGGAUUUCAACAUAUUUGACACCACCUCGCUGGGGCAGGCAAAGUGGCACAAGGCUCUGCAGCACUUUGAGCAGGUCCUUCAGCCCAUCGAUGAGCGAAUUGCCGCCGCCCUCAAGGGUCAGUUGCAUAACCACCUGAGUAAUCCGCGGCAGGUGAUCUUCAUCUUCUCGAAAUACGAGACACUCAUCCAAAGACCGGCUGUUCUGGAACUGCUGACCAUCGAAAGGGAGCAGUUUCUGCAGUCGCUGCACAUUCUCUUGCAGGAUUUGCGCAAGGCGAUGGUGGACACCAAUAUGGAACCAGAUACGGGUCAUUUGUCGGUGAUUUGUAAUGAGUGUCGCUGGCUGAAGGUGGUCCAGCAUCAGAUCCAGGAGAUCGAGAAGGUGAGCCAUUUGAUUAGUGGUCGGGAGGGCUUCGAUAAGAUCAACAAGGCGGUGCAAGAAAUCAAGGAGGAGACCGAAUCCCUGCUGCGCACAAACUUUGAGAUAUGGUCGGGGCAGUGCUCAACUGACGUGAAAAGCGGCGAGCUGAGACUUCGCGACGAUCAGGCGGUGGUGAAGUUUGAGAAGGAGGGUCGCCAAUUGAUGCGCGUUACUUUCAAUCCCAAGCUGGUGACCUUCUGCCAGGAUGUGCGCGAGUUCGAGAAUCUGGGCUACAAUGUCCCCUUGGAACUCCGAGCAGCUGCCACCCAUGCAGCCAAAUAUAUGUGCUAUGCCCGGCGACUGCAGCAGAUUGCCACUUUCCACAAUACUAUCGGGGAUCGGAUGAUUCCCUGCCAGAGGCCAAUAAUGCUGAAGAAUGCCCUGGAGCUGCAGUAUCUCGUCCAAAGCGAAACGGUUGCCUGGCAGGACGAGUCCUCCGUCCAGCGAUACGUUGAUAUCCUGCAGUCAUCCGUUUCCAGACUUUCCAGGGAUAAUACACUCCUAGUGGGAUAUCACGAGCAGGCCAAGAGAACGGUCAUGAAGCUAAUGUCCACCGAUCUCUUUAGCCAAAACCAAAUCUGGAUGGACGAGCUGCGACAUCUGCGCGAACUGGUUGCCACCUUGGAACGUCAGGGCUACACCCAUUUGGAUGCCUUCAAGCUGCACUGGGAUCACCAGUUGUAUAAAGUGCUGGAGUACCAGUAUAUCUUUGGACUGCUCGAUAUGAACAAUAAGCUGCCCGACAUACAUGUAAAGCUGAUUUUGCGACAGCGGGAGCUGAUCUACAGUCCGCCGGAGGAGGAAAUUCGUGACCUGUACUUCAGUCAGUUGAGACGCUUUAUCGAGAGACCCUGUAAUUUCCACGGACUGUCGGAACAAAGUCAGGAACUCUUUAAAUCCAUGGUCACUGUGAAUCGUCACCACUUUGGACCUCUAUACCAAAAAGCAGCUGAGUUAUUUGACAAGCUGGAGGAUUUCAAGACCAUUUGGUUGCCCUGGAUUGCCUUGGGUUGUGUGGAUGUAGAGCAGCUAUGUGGAAUCCAUCUCAAUGAAGCCCCGGAUUGGGAUCGUAACUUCAGGGCCUGCAAACACUUCAGUCAACAGUUUGCGAAACUUCAGCAGGCCGAGGAAUCCAUCGACUGCAUAGUGAUAAAUGUCCUCCCACUAAGAACGGAUAUAGAAUACAUUAGCAGACGGUACUGGGAGGCUCUGGCGAAUAGUUUGAGAACGGCCAUACUGACGGAUGUGAGUUUGAUCCAGGAGUUUCUGCAAAGUGCCUUGCAGUUCCUCCAGAAUGUGCCCAUGGAUGAGGGCAGUAUUAGCCAAUCGGGAAUGAAGUAUGAGAAGAUAAUGAGUGAGCUACCGCAGAUUGAAAAGACAUUGGAGGCGGUGAAGGAAAAGGACGCCUGUCUGGCUGGUUGGUGCAAGGAAAGGGUGACUGCUCUCACCGGAAUCCUGCAGCAAUGGGAACAGUUGCAACCUCUUCUCGAGAACCAUGCCGUGAUCCUCCAGCGACAGGUGGACAUGAUUAAAAAUCAGGCUGAGACUCAAUUGCAAAAUCUCAAAAACGAGGCAGAGAAAUUUUUGCUCAGAUGGGAGUCUACCAUAGCCGAACUGGAGGCCAAUGAGCAUUCAACUCUGGAGGUUUUCAAGGAGCGCAGACUCCACUGGCAGCAAUUACAGGAGAAGAAGAAGAUGCUUCUGGAGGAGUGCUCCAAAUUUAACAUGGAAUUUCCAUCGGAGAUGCUGACUCCCUUUACAGAAAUCGAGGGGCAAAUGGAAGAGCAAUCGAAGCAAUGGCAGGUCUAUGAUAGUUUCCUAACUGAACUGCAGCCAAUUCUUCAGGAGGAGUGGGCCAUUUACAGGCGACGUCCUUAUGUCCUAAACGAGUUCAUUGGCAAGUGGGAGGGCUCUGUUCAUGCCUCGAUCGAUUUGCCCUCCAAAAGAAUCCGUCAGCAGGUGGAGAGAAUUCAAGCAGCUCUACCAAUUCUCCAACAACUCCAGUCGGAUUCUUUAAGUGAACGCCAUUGGGCCAGGAUAUUUCAGCUGCUCAAUCAUAAGGAAACCAAACCAUUGCACUCUAUACUACUCCAGGAUAUCUUACAGGACUUUGACAUCCUGCAAUCGGCUGCCCAGGAGAUCGGUAGUAUAGUCAGGCAGGCUUCGAGUGAACAGAUUGUAAGACAGGCACUGGUGGAACUCGAUCAGUGGUCAGUCACGGCCCAGUUGAAACUGAUCACUAAAACGGAUGCCUCGGGCCAGAGUGUCUCCUUGAUCAAGGAUUACCAGGAGGUGCUCAACAAGAUUGGGGACAAUCAGUCCCUGCUGCAAUCCGCCAAGAACUCGGCUGCUUUUGAUAGCUUUUCGGAUCAGGCAGAGCUAUGGGAAAGUCGCUUGAACACGCUGGAUGCCCUUCUUAGCAGCUUAAAUCACUCUCAAAGGCGUUGGGUUUACUUGGAACCUGUCUUUGGAUCUGGUACCCUGCAGCAGGAGCAGGCGCUGUUCAAGCGCAUCGACAAGGACUUUCGUUUUGUGAUGCGGGAAAUCGAGAUGGAUCCGCGGGUAACUUCGCUGACGAAGAUAAACAACAUCAGCACCAUUGUCAAUGCACUGGAGACCCAAUUGGCCAGGUGCCAGCAGAACCUGAUGAGCUACAUAACCGACAAGCGCAACUCCUUUCCCCGCUUCUACUUCCUGGGCGAUGAUGAUCUACUCGAGCUCCUUGGACAGGCCAGCAAGGAUGCGGAUGUCAUCCAGCGGCACAUCCGUAAACUGUUCCCCGGCUGCCACAGUCUCAGCAUCCGGCAGGUGGCCCCCAAUCCGGCCACAUCCUCCGAUAUCAAUCAGUACAGCAUCAUAGCCGUGCACAGUGCCGAGGGCGAUGAGCUCAAGCUAAGCCAGCCCAUAGAGAUGAAGGGCGACAUCGAGAGCUGGCUGAAUCAACUGGUUAAAGUGGUGCAGGAUACAUUGCGUGAUCAAAUCUACGAGUGCUACACCAGCACCACCGGAGCAAGUGAUAACCUGGAUGAGAAAAUCCUUAAGAAGUACGCCAGUCAGGUUUUGGCCACCUCCAGAGCCCUUCACUUCACGCGUCAGGCGGAGCAGGCCAUUGGUGGCAUGUCCUUGGGAAAGCUGCAGCAACAGUUAAAGGAUGAAAUCAACCACUUGGCUGCUCUGAAAAACAAAUCCCAAAACGGAACCCUGAUCAGCCUAAAAAUUAGGGCCCUUCUUCUGGACUUAGUACACUACUCCGGUGUGGUGGAGCAGCUCCAGAAACACAAUGUGGUGCACACAGCCGAUUGGCAUUGGCUGUGUCAACUCAGAUAUUACCUGGGGAAAGGGACCGGAACGUCGGGCGGAGUUAAUACCAAUCGACAAGUUUGCGUCCGCAUGGUUUAUGCCGAAUUUGAAUACGCCUACGAGUUUCUGGGCCAGGCCAGCAAGCUGGUCCACACGCGGCUCACCCACCGCUGCUAUCUCAUCCUCACGCAGGCGAUGCACAUGGGACUGGGCGGUAAUCCCUUUGGCCCGGCCGGCACCGGCAAGACGGAGUGCGUCAAGGCCCUGGGGGCCAUGUUGGGCCGCUUGGUGUUGGUUUUCAAUUGCGACGAGAAUGUGGACACCGAAUCGAUGAGCCUCAUCCUCACCGGCCUGGCCCGCUGCGGGGCGUGGGGCUGCUUUGACGAGUUCAACCGGCUGCAGGAGGCCACUCUGUCGUCCAUCUCCAUGCUGAUCCAACCCAUCCAGAGCGCUUUAAAGGAGCGGGCCAACAGCGUCCAGAUUGGCGAGAGACAGGUUCAACUCAACCAGCACUGCGGCAUCUUUGUAACCCUGAAUCCGGCCGGAGCUGAGUACGGUGGUCGCCAAAAGCUGCCCGGCAACAUCCAGGCUCUAUUCCGACCCAUUGUGAUGCAGCAACCGGAGCCGGGGGAAAUCGCCCGGGUUAUGCUCUUCGUUGAGGGCUUUUCCGAGGCCUCCUCCAUUGCAUCCCGCAUCGUGGAGCUGUUCGAUUUGUGCGGCAAGAUGCUGUCUGCCCAGCGGCAUUACGACUGGGGACUCCGGGAACUAAAGACGGUGCUCCUGGUUUGCGGAGAGGGUCUGAGGGGGCAAUUAGCCGGCGAGAAAAACACCCAGACCACCACCACCACCACUGCUAACGAGGAGAUGUCGGUGGUGGUUCGCUGUUUGCGUUCAUCCACCAUGUCUAAGCUGGCCCCCCAUGAUGUCACUCGAUUUGAGAUGAUGCUUCGGAAUGUUUUCCCCGAGAUUGACAGCUCGCCGGCGCCAGAAACUCAGCUCCAUCAAUCUCUAUCCGCCGCUUUUGCGCAACUGGGACUCUGUCGAAGCGAGAGGCAAAUUGAAAAGGCUUUGCAACUGCACGAGCAGCUUCAAAAACGGAUGGGAGUGGUGAUGGUGGGGCCACCAGGAUGUGGAAAGUCCACCAUCAUGGCUCUCCUGAAGCAGGCUCUCAGUGGAUCCCAACUGAAAGUGCACACCAUCAGUCCAAAGUCCAUGAGUCGAGUUCAAUUGCUUGGCCGGCUGGAUGCCGAUACUCGUCAGUGGCAGGAUGGAGUGCUCACCCACACUGCGGUUGCAGUCAAUCAGGAGCCAUCCCAUGUCCAUUCGUGGAUCAUUUGCGACGGCAGCAUCGAUCCAGAGUGGAUAGAGGCACUCAACUCGGUUCUAGAUGAUAACAAGCUCUUAACUUUGCCUUCGGGCUGGAGGAUUGAGUUCGGGAACAAUGUCAACUUUAUAUUCGAAACAGACGAUGUUAGGCAUGCUUCACCGGCAACGAUUUCCAGAAUGGGUAUUGUCAACAUGAGUUAUGACUACUAUCCUGCUAAGGAGAUACUCAAACAUGAGCUAUCAAAGGAACCCUAUGGCGAUCUUUUGCAGAAUUACGUGGAUGGUAACUUUCAAUAUGCAGUGGAUUGGGUGGAAAGUCAACAUUUACUGAGUCACCUACCCGGAAUAAAUCGCGCCCACCUCAUGCGAUCCCUACUGUUACAACUCCACGGCUCACAAUUUCUAGAGGAAUAUGGAGCAGCCACCCUUCGUGCACUUUUUGGAUAUAUACCCAACGAUAAGCAGCGGGAGUUUGCCCAACUGGUCCUAAAACGCGCUAAUCUCUACAUAGCCAAUCCUAACUACGCUGAACUGACUUACUAUGAUAGCCGCAAAAAUUCCCUGGAGCAAUAUUCAGUGGAUGCAAUGGAGAUACCAGAGAAAGGAUCUCAAUUAAUAAUUACAUCCUACAUGAAGACGUACUUGGACAUACUGGAAACACUGCUGAAAACCCAGGGUAAUCGUAUCCCGCCCUUUAUGCUAAUAGGUCCGAGUGGCUCCGGUAAAACCUUGCUACUUCAAAGAGCAGUUCUGGACAAUUCGGGCUACCAGUUGGCCACCAUUAAUUGCUCUACCCAACUUACACCCAGCUAUAUUUUCCACACUUUAAAGACCCACUGCGUUACAGUGAGUGGAAUCAAGGGCAGAGAGUACAGACCAAAACAAGCGAGAUUAGUGCUAUUCAUGAAAAACUUGGACCUCUGCCAGCAGGAUUCUUGGGGGGCUUGCGAAGUGGUGGAACUGCUGCUUCAACUGGCCCAACGAGCAGGCUUUUAUGCCGAGAAUCUCGAAUGGAUUGGCGUAAGCGGGUUGCAAAUUUGCGCCUCCAUUAGCGGAAACACCGGAAAAAUCUCGCCGCGCUUCUUUGCUAUCAAUCAGUUUGUGCGAGUUUCCCGACCCACGAGACACGAUAUGCUGGAAAUCAUCCAGCGGCGAUUGGAACCUCUUUUGGAAGAGCACUUCAGGGGUUCGGCAAAUCGAGGAGGGUCGGGAGUCAAUUUGCAGCACGUCAGCGAGAGCCUGAUGGAGUGCUUCGAGAAGCUGCAGGCGACUUUCACCACCGUGGGUGGCAGGCAGGGGCACUACCAGUUCAGCCCCAAAUGCAUUAUGAAGCUGCUGGACGCACUCGUCUUUUAUCCCUCCAGCGAUUUCAAUGAGGCUCUCUACUGCGAGCUUUUGGGCAUGUUCCGUGAUAGAUUGAUUAGCGAAGAGCAUGUCCAGCAGUUCGAAGCGAUACUCAAGCAAACGAUGCGCAAAUAUUACGGGAAGGAGAAAGUAUUUUUCGUGCCAAAAUCUCCAAAGUCCAGGGGUCAACUGCAUUGCCUAACCCAUGACGAAUGGCUGGAAGAAGUUCAGCGUCAAGUGACCAUUUGCAAUACCGAAAGCUACAGCAUCACAGCCCCCAUCACAGAGGAACUUUUGAACAACACUGCUAGAAUAACCAGAGUUCUAUCACGAACCGAUGCCCACAUGCUUAUUUUGGGUCAAUCUGGAGGUCGCCACCUGGAUGCCAUAUAUGCGGCAGCCACUUUGCAGGAGGCCAAGGUGCUAACCCUGCAAGGUGGGUCCUCCUACGACGUUUCAGAGUUCUACAACGACCUUAAAGUGGCCAUGCAAACAGCUGCCCUGGAGCAGCAGAUGAGUUACCUACUCAUUGAGCAUUGUUGGGUGAGUUACGUGCCGGAUAUUCUGAAGCCCAUUGAAGCCCUACUCGAAGGUAGCGAGAUACUAGAGCUUUUUGGCGAAGAUCUGGAGACAGUGGCCAGCAGUCUAAAGCAGGCGGCACAGCUCGAAGGAUACCAGGAAUCUUUGGGGACCUUCUUUAUGAAGCGUGCCCGUGAGAAUCUCCACAUCAUCCUAGUGCUGGAUCCCAGUAGUGCCAAAGUACAGGACUACUUUAACAACUUUCCUGCCCUGCAUCGUCAGAUGGAUUUACUGUAUGUAAGGGGAGAAUCCAGGGAAUCCCUUGCCAUUCUGCCCAAGCAAUAUAUCGAAUUGCUCAACGAAUCAGUCGCAGGCGGCGGAAGUGGGCGUGGCAAGGUACCCGCCUGCAGUCACUUUGCAGAUAUAUCAGAUGAACUGCCCCCCGAUGAGGCUUCCCAAAGAUAUUACCAACUCAUCCGUAGCUAUUUCCACAUGUACAGCAACGCGGCCAAUGAAAUCGAUCAGAGAUUGGGUAAAUUGCAAAUGGGAGUGGAUAAAUUGGCCUCUGCUCACGCUUUAGUGGACACCCUGAAGUCCAAUGCAGCAGCCCAGGAACAGGCGUUGGGUGAAAAGCGACAGCUGGCCAACGAAGCUCUGGAAAUGAUUUCAUCCACGAUGAGAAAUGCCAAUGAACAAAAGUCCAGCAUGCUGGAACUGAAACAACAAACUCAAAAAAGCAGCGAACAACUGAAGGUUCGACAAAAGGAAAUCCAACAGGAAUUGGCAGAAGUGGAACCAAUUUUGGCGGAAGCUAGUAAUGCAGUGGGUCAAAUCAAAUCGGAGGCUUUAUCCGAAAUCAGAUCACUGCGAGCUCCUCCAGAGGCUGUGCGGGAUAUUUUAGAGGGCGUACUCCGUCUAAUGGGCAUCCGAGAUACUUCCUGGAACAGCAUGAAGACAUUUUUGGCCAAGAGAGGUGUCAAGGAGGACAUAAGAUCAUUGGAUCCAGCUCGAAUUAGCCCGGAAAAUUGCGAGGCUGUGGAAAGAUUACUCCUGGCCAAGGGGGAUUCCUAUGAGUCGAAGAACGCCAAACGUGCCUCGGCAGCAGCUGCUCCUUUGGCAGCUUGGGUGCAGGCUAGUGUUCGGUAUUCCCGGGUGAUCCAGAGCAUCAAGCCCCUCGAAAGGGAACAGAAUGAGUUGCAGCGGAAUCUCAAUGCAGCCGAGGAUGAAAUGCAAGAGUUGGCCAGUGGACUGGACGAUGUGGAUAAAAGGGUUAAGCAGUUGUCUGCCAAAUUGCAGACCUACACACAAGAGGCGGCGGUGCUGGAGCUUAAACUUCAGGAGGCCAGUGGAACCUUGCAGGCGGCAGAGCUCUUGGUGGGCAAACUAAGUGCUGAAUAUGCUACCUGGAGUGAUCAGUUAACCGAGCUUAAGAAGGCACACAAAACACUGGAUGGAAAGACUCUAUUGAUAGCCAUAGCUGUGAACUACUAUGCUGGAUUGGGACUGGAACAAAGGAGCUCCUCAAUCAAACGACUGGCGGCGGACUUUCAUCUGCCCUCCAACUUCGAUCUCCGUGGAUCACUGCUCACGGAACAGCAGCAAAUUAUUUGGGAAAGUCAGGGAUUAGCCCGUGAUGCGCAGAUCAUAGAGAGUGCUGCUCUUCUCAGGGAAAUGCUUUCUCUACCCUAUGGAGCCUGUCCUAUUCCCCUGCUCUUGGAUCCCACUCAAACAGCAGCCAAUUGGUUAAUGGCCCAUCUCAAGGGAAGCGGAAGAGCCUGCGAGUUGACCACCCACGGAAAUGAGAGGCUGUCCUAUCAAUUAGAACUAGCUGUUCGUUUUGGAAAGACUCUUCUGGUCACCGAUUGCGAGCAACUGCGUCCUCCUAUCCUUCAACUCCUCCAGGGUCAUAUUUUCGUUCGAUUCAACAAGCGACAACUAGCCGUUGGCUCAAAGUUGGUGGAUCUUCACGAGGGUUUCCAGCUGGUGCUGAUAAGUAAAUCACAUCGUUUGGAUUUACCCGAAGAGCAGAGAAGUCAACUUAACCUGCUGAGAUUUACGGUUACUGCGGCUGGAUUGGCUGAUCAACUGAUGUCCAAAGCGAUUGUGUUGAAAAAUCCAGAGUUGGAGCAGCAGAGAAUAGAGUUGCUACAAAAAGAGGGGGAUCUUCUGAAGCAGCGAAUGGAUAUGCAGGAUAAUCUCCUUGAACAACUAUCAAAAUCAGAGGGAGAUAUCCUGCGAAAUGAGCAACUUUUGGCCAGUUUGAAUGAGGUCAAACAAAGCAGCGCACAAAUUGAAGAGGCCCUUAAACAAAGUGGGCAAAUUAGGGAUACGCUUCUUGCCCAAUUCCGUUUCUUGAGAGAACUCUGCUCCAAGGCGUCAGCCUUUUAUGCAGGUCUCAUUCAGGGGUAUGAACUAUCCGCCUUAGUUUACACAGAACUAUUUUUGGGUGCGCUCUCGAAAAAUCAGCGAGACGAGGCCAAAGUCUAUGAAUUACUAGUAAGAUCUGUAUACAUGAAUCUAGCUAGAGCUACUUCCCGAGAUAGUCAGCUAUCCCUAUCCCUGUGGGUUUGUCAUCAGGCGUAUCCCGACAGAUUAAACGCCAAGGAGUGGGAGUUGUUUGUGAACAACUUCAUGGGCAGUUCGGAUGGUAGUAUGCUCUUGAAUCAGCUGGGAAAACUACCCGAUUGCAUGGCCAAGGAGGCGCAGUUAAAGCUGGCCAUGUUGCUACAGUUGUUCCCGGAUUUGCGAAGCAAACUUCAAUUGGAGAAGGAUUAUAUCUGGCGAGGAUUCAUCGAGGCUCAAGCGGAUGAUGUGCUGCCUGCCUUGGGAUCCAGUUUCCAGCGUGUACUUAUUGCUCAGAUUUUCCGACCCGACUUGGUGCUCCUCCAACUUCGCAAGGUGAGCAGUGAUCUUCUGGGAAUUUCCCCAGAUGCAUCCACACAACCUUCUGUGGAGCAGUUGCUACAACAAAGCAGUUGUGAUCGCCCCAUUUUGAUGGUAAGUCAAGCGGAAAAUGAUCCCACUACCGAGUUGAGAAAGUGGGCCAAUCAAAAGUACAGGGAAAUGGCCAUUGGAAAGGGUGCUGAGAAGAGAGUUCUAUCGGAAAUGCGACAGGCUGCCAUAGAUGGCCACUGGUUGUGUGUGAAGAAUGUGCAUUUGGUGCCCGAGUUUCUAACACAAAUGGAAAGGGAACUGAAUGAAAUUCAAAAGUCCAAAGACUUUCGUUUGUGGCUGCUGUGCGAAUCCACCGAGGGAUUUUCCGAGUCUGCCGUUUAUAAGUGUCUAAAAGUGCGGUAUGAGCAGCCGAAAGGACUCAAGCAGAUUGUGAUGCGUUUGCUCCAGAACUAUGCAGCAGAACAGGAUCAAAGCUUGAAGAACCAACCAAAGAGUCUCAAGAUGCGACUGGUCUACUUUAUCCUAACAGCUGUACUCCAGCAAAGGCGUCAGUUUAUACCACAAGGUUGGUCGAAAUACUACGAAUUCGGGGAGGCGGAUCUCAAGGCGGCAUUGGGUAUCCUUAAGUGGAUGGAUCAGCAAUUGAAUUCUGGAAAAAGCGAUUGGUUGCUAUUGCAACGACUUAGUGAAGCUCUGGCUUUUGGUGGAAGAAUUAACAACCUAAGGGACUUGGACAUACUCAGGAGCUAUCUAAAUCAAUUUUGUUCUGCGGAUGUUUUGAGCAAUCGCUGGUCACCUCUGGGAUUAUCCCUAUCCAUUCCUACUAGCGGUCAACUUCAGGACUAUUAUGCUGCAUUGGAAAAGCUUCCCGAACUAGAUGAACCCAGUAUGUAUGGCUUGGCCAAUCAGGCACAACAGCAACGCGAAAUUGAACAGGCUAAAAGGAUUAUCAGGGAACUAAGGGGAUUACACUAUGGAAGAGGAUCAGCUGGAGAUGCAGGAGGAUCGGGAGAAUCCAGAGGAAGCGAUCAGCUUAGCGAUCGUCAAAGGCUAGAGCACCAAAUAAAGCCCUUACUUAAUCUGUGGCGGAAAUUAGCUGGAUCCUGUACCAUAAUUCAAACGAUUAAGGAGUCAAAAGAGAAUUCCGGGGAUUCCCCCUGGUCACUCUUUGUGCUGGCUGAGCUGAAACUGGGAGCAGAUCUAUAUGGCAUUGUCCACCAAACCUUAUCACAGAUGCAUGCCUGGCUCAAGGACUCGCAGGACGUGGAUGUCAGCACUCUGAGAACUCUGGCAGAGCAGCAGAUCCCUGCCAGUUGGCUGAAACUAUGGAGUGGACCUGGCAGCAACAGUGCUGUCGAUUAUUUGAGAGCCCUUAUUAUUCGAGCUCAGGCUGCAGAACUGCGAUUUAAGGAGCAACUGCAUCUGGAAUUCGGCGAGGAAAUCAAUCUCGUCCAGGUGUUUAACUGCGAGAACCUAUUGGCCUGUUUGAAGUUGCUGCAGUCUCAGAAGUUGGCAGUUUCCACCGAACGUCUGGAGUUGCGAACUUGCGGGCAACUGAAUUCAGAUGGGAACUCCUCGGAUACAGUACUCAAGCUGGCGCCUUUAAAGAUUGAUGGCGCCAAGAGUGGACAAGACAAAUCCAACCCCUUCUACAUCAGCUACAAAAUUAAAGAAGACGCUAGUAAAUCGACGGCCAGUUCUUUAAAAUAUGGGAAAAAUUCGCUGUAUCCCACCCAAAAAAAUGAAUCGAAUCCCAAAUUGCCCUUAUAUUCUCGCAGCUGUCGGGACAAACUAAUUUGCCACCUCAACGUUGAUAUUGUGACGGGAACAUCCGAACAGAUACUCUUAGCUGGAACCGCUCUGAUCGUCGAGGAUUAUUAGAAAUCAAGCAAAUAACCAAUUUAC